GUCUCCACUUCCGGUGGAGGCGGCGGUGGGAAGAUGGCGGCGGCGGUGGCCCCAGAGGGAGGUCCGUCCCCGCCGCCGCCGCCUCCUCAGCCGCCUCCGCCGCAGCCUCCGCCGCCGCCGCACGAGAUCAAGAGCCAGUUCCGGACCCGGGAGGGCGCUUACCGGCUCCUGGGGGCUCCGGAGCCCCGCUCCAGGCCUGCCUCCGCUGCCGCCAACGUCCCCGGAGCCUCCUCGGCCGCCGCCUCCGCCAACGCCCCUCCGCCUGCUGCCUCCGCCGCCGCCGCCUCCUCCUCCGGCUCCUCGGCUUCCGGCCCGGCGCCCCCCGUCCCCUCGCUGCCCCCGGUGCGGCUCUCCUUGGUGCGGCUCCACUCCGCUUCCUCCGGAACAGAGCCCUGCGGUGGCGGCGGAGGAGGAGGCGGCGAUGGCGAGGCCGGGUCCCUGUCCGCCGAGAGGAGCCGCGUCUGCUUCAACCUCGGAAGGGAGCUCUACUUCUACUCCGGAGCCGGAGGAGCCCCAGGGAGGGGGCGACGGUCCAUUGACCUGAAGAAGCCCAUCGACAAGCGGAUCUACAAGGGGACGCAGCCUACGUGCCACGACUUCAACCAGUUCACAGCUGCGUCGGAAACCAUCUCGCUGCUGGUCGGCUUCUCAGCUGGGCAGGUGCAGUAUCUGGAUCUCAUCAAGAAAGAUACCACUAAGCUUUUCAAUGAAGAGCGGCUGAUUGACAAGACGAAAGUCACAUUUGUGAAAUGGAUCCCUGAGACAGAGAGCCUUUUCCUGGCUUCUCACGCCAGCGGCCACCUCUACCUGUACAACGUGGAGCACCCUUGUGGCUCAGCCUCGCCACAGUACACCCUCCUCAAGCAAGGCGAGGGCUUCACCGUCUACGCUUGCAAGAGCAAGAAUGCCCGGAACCCACUGCUGAAGUGGGCAGUCGGUGAAGGAGCUCUGAACGAAUUCGCCUUCUCCCCUGAUGGCCGCUACCUGGCUUGUGUCAGCCAAGAUGGCUGUCUCCGCGUCUUCCAUUUUGACUCCAUGCUCCUGCAGGGGAUGAUGAAGAGCUACUUUGGGGGCCUGCUGUGCGUCUGUUGGAGCCCUGAUGGGCGCUACAUCGUGACGGGCGGUGAGGAUGACCUGGUGACGGUCUGGUCUUUUGCUGAGGGCCGAGUCAUUGCCAGAGGUCACGGCCACAAGUCAUGGGUCAACGCGGUGGCUUUUGACCCUUUCACCACUAGCACAGAAGAUGACGAGAGCGGGGAGUUCAGUGGAAGUGACGAGGACAUCCAGGAUUCAACCAAUUUUGGCCGGGUGAGGACGAGCAGUACCCUCUCCCACCUCUCCAAGCACAGCACCAAAAGUACGCCUUCGGUGACUUACCGCUUUGGCUCUGCCGGACAGGACACACAGUUCUGCCUUUGGGAUCUGACGGAAGAUAUCUUGUACCCUCAUCACCCACUGUCCCGGGCCCGAACACUCACCAACACCUUCAGCACUGGCAUCCCCCCUUCUGGUAGCGGUGGGAGCAACCUGGCUGCUGAAUCCACCAGCGGAGGGCCCCUCCCUCGCUCCCUGUCUCGCUCCAACAGCCUGCCCCACCCGGCUGUCACCAGUGCUGCCAAGAGCCACGUGGCUGACGGGGUGGUGCCCUUCAGCAUUGGCAAGUUUGCCACCCUCACCUUGCAGGAGCGAAAGGAGAAGAAUGCUGAGAAAGAGCACAAGCGCUACCACAGCUUGGGCAACAUCAGCAAGAGCAACGAUAAGCUCAAUGUGGUGCCCAAAAGCAAACUGGACACCGCCAAGGUCUUGGGCACUGCCCUGUGCCCCCGCAUCAACGAAGUGCCCCUCCUUGAGCCCCUCGUUUGCAAGAAGAUUGCCCAUGAGCGGCUAACCGUCUUGCUUUUCCUGGAGGACUGUAUUAUUACCGCUUGCCAGGAGGGCCUCAUCUGCACCUGGGCCAGGCCAGGGAAAGCAACCCUGAACACUCAGAACGGUGGCUCUCCGAGCGGCACGGUAGUAUAACCCAGCACUAGCUCUCAGUCGGCCAGUGUCCAACCAGGUGUCUCUGGCUCCUUGCCCUGCUGAAGCCGUUUGGCCAAGACGGUGAAACGCUCAGACUCUUCGGUAUCUGCUGUAUGUACAGGUUCUUCCCUCCCUCCCUCUCCUGGAAUGAGAGACACUAAUGGAGUUACUUAAUAUAUGGAGACCUAUGUAGCACAGGACCCUUUGCACUUCUCAGCUAUUUAAAAGUAUUAAUUAACGAACCGUAUUUAAAGCUAAGGAUUUUAGCACAGGCCGCUGGAGGGCAGAUUUUGCACAAGGGUGAACUGAGCUGCCCCUUCCUCUCCUCUCUUCUUCUCCCCUGCUUCCCUUGCCCCAAGACUCCCAGACAAGAGAUUCUGAACUGCCUUUGAGCUGCGCUGCUCUGGACUUGACUGGAUCCCUCCUGAUCUUCGGUGGCCCCAGCCCAGCUCCUAGAUGAAAGAAGAAAGAAUCCCUUUUGCACAGUGGAAAUGACCCUGCCCCCCAAAAAGAAACCCUUUUAAAAGAACCCCUGUAAUUUUUGUUUUGUUUUCUUAUUUUUUUAAAGUUCUGUUUUAGUUUUUUGUGUAUUUUUGCACAAGAUAUUCCAGUUUUUCUGCUGAUGAAGAGGACACAGUUGGCACCUCCAUCCAGCAGAGAGUCGCUUCAGUCUUAAGAGCAACCUCUCAGUCCCCCUGCCAGACUCCUUAGUGCAACCAAAUGAUCCCCAAAGAAGCGUUCCUUAGUCUUAGUCUUUGAGAUCCAGCAAGAUCCUGCCCAAGAGCUCCUGCCACUCUUUUGCCAGUGUCGUGUUUCAGUGUUGGGGUCCAGUUUGCUGCUGUCUGCUCUUUCAUCCCUCAUUCUCUGACUCCCCCUGAAAUUCUUCUCUCCAGUUUUUUGAGAUGCUCAGAGGACUUCACUUUGAACUAGCUGAGCUUGCUACUUGAAGACACUUUUGUUUCUCUCCACUCCACCUUCCAGAUCAAUGGAGAUUUCCCACAUACAUUUGCACUGUCACAUCCAUGCAAACUCCACAUAGUCAGUCAUCUAAUGCUAAGGUUGGGCUGGACCAGGAUAAUGAAAUCAACGUGCCAUUAUAGCCAGUCGGAGGCCAGGGUUUCUAGUUCUUGACUGUAGUUUCACCAGUUAAAACUACAGGAGCAACAGCUGACCUCUUUUCUCUCUCUCUUUCUCUUACACACAUAAACGCAAGCAAAAGUAUCCAGGUGCUACUGGAUGGCAUUUUACAAUUAGUGUAGGCUACUGAAGUGGAAUUACCAGUGUGGUGGGGCAGUUCAUCUGCCCAGAUAGAUCUGCCUUUACCAGCUAGAAUGCCUUCCAAAUAUGUUGGACUGUGAAUCCUGUAGCAUAGGACCAUGGCUGGGUACAGUGGUGUUAUAGUCCUACAUGUCUGGAGAGCAUCUGUGUUAGGAAAUAUUGAGGAAAGAAUACCUUAACGUUGCUCAGCUUAGGGACAGUGGCUUUCCUAUCGUGGACACUUUGGGUUGGUAGCUGGAAGUAAAUACUUUGGACCGGACUCUCUCUCUCUCUCUUGGACUUCUCUAACCUGUCACCCUACAAAUGUUUUGGACACCAAGUCAUGGCAACCUUGGCAGAUGCCAGGGAUGGUAGGAUUUAGAAUAUGGCACUAUUGGAGGUGUCACAUGUGCAGAGACUGUUCUAUAAGGGCUCACAGAGCUGAUCUCUGCCAUGCCAUUUGGGCUCUGUGACACAGCAGGUGCAUUUCACUGUCUUCAUAGUUGACUUGUGGUAGAUGGCAUGCUUGGCUUAUCUUUGUUCUGUGAAUGUGUGCCUUUGGGAAUGUGGUACCCCCAAGCUAAGUGAGAUUUUGGCCAGUUCAAGGAUUCUGCUUGUUAGCCUUCAUGAAUGGACUUCCUUAGGAACCAGGUUAUGUGUUAACUCACAUAACAUCUUGCUAACAGCUGCUCUGGAAAUUGGUUCAAGGCAAACAAAAUCAUCUUUUAAAAGAUAUGUAUUUAAUCUAGUGGUUGGCAAUUGAAAAUGUCCAGAAGGAUAAUUUGAUAAUAUAUAGAGUGGAUUGGAUUGGAUCCAGACUUGGGCACUUGUAGAGCCAUUGAACUCAAUAAGGUAACUUAGAAGUGGCUGACUGAAGUCCUAUUGAUUUUUCAGUGGGCCCACUCUAAGCUUGGUUAUCAGCGGAUAAAGAUUAAACAUAGUUUAAGUUUGGGAUGGCUUUGAAUCUGUUUUCACCUCAGCUUUGUUUCUGUGUGACAUUGCAUGGCUUACACAAUUGAUGUUAAUCUCCCGUUGGCUGGAACUGGCAAUCUGUGCGUUAAAAAGAGAGCCUGGGUUACAUCCGCAGGUGCUGAGGGCAUGAGCUGCUUUUUGCUACUUGCUGUAGGUCUUCCCUUCGGGAUUGUGUUUCUGGUAUUAUGGAAUGACUGAAUAUAAGCUUUUGAGGGCCAAAGUAUCUCAAUAAUUUGGCCUGAAAACAGCCAGCCGGUUGCUGAGAAUGCUUGGUUUAGUUUUUGCUUCCCCAGAGAAAUGUCUGUGCUGGAUACAAGGGGUCAGUAGCAAAGUGCAGGAUAGGUGGGCAACGGUGGAAGGCUGCAUUAGCCCCCAGGAGAAUUUGGAGGUCUGCACCCCCACAAAAUCAACUUUUUUGGCCCCCAGACAGCCUUUAUGUAGCAUUGAGGGACACAUUUCCCAUGCUUGGAGAGGGGAGGACAUUCCAUUAGAGGCCUCUUUCCAAAAAAGGCCUUCUCUGGGCCUAAACUUGGCCCCCAUUCCCCCAGAGGACAUUCUGGGGCAUAAAAAUGUUUUGUUUUGUUUUUACUCUUGGCUACCACAAAACAGGCCUGGGGGGCUGCACACAGCUGGCAGGGUGCAGCUUGCCCACCCCUGAUCUGGGAGGACAUAUGUCUUAAGCAAGGGGUUUAGGUGUGUGGUUAGUACUAGGGAGACUUCUGUGUUUCCAUUAUGGUAGGCUGACCUGGAGAAGGAGCAGUUGCAUGAGUUGUAGUACCAAUUUUCCAAACUCUGUUUGAGGCAUGGCUGCACACUGCGGAUUCAGCAGCAGUUGUUUUACUCCAGCAGCGGCUGAAGGGAACAUUUGAAGAAACCAGGAAUGGCUGAACUGGUCCAUUAGGUUCUCUGCAAUAGCUGAAAAAGCAUUUGCCUGGGAUGUUGAAUAUGGUCCCAUGGCAGGUCAGUCAGCCUAUUCUCUGUAUAUGCUCAAAAGCACACUCUCAUUGGUUGUCGCUUUGCAUGUUGUGGUGUCGUCUGGCGGGAUCAGCCUGGCUCAAGUGUUCACCACAGGGGUCUUUGCCCUCAUUUAUAUCACCCACCCAUCACUUCCAAAACAAACUCUGGACUAGCAGAGUGGGGGGUCCCUCUCCCUCCCAGCUCACUGUGAACCCCCCUUGGGCUCUCCACAUGCAGAAUUUGACCCUCCUUCUGUCCUCACCCCCCACUCCACCCCAAGAGAGAGAUCCUCUCCCAUCAGAGCAGCUGAAAAUCUCCCAGAGGAGGACUCCGACUCCCAUGGGACUGGCUCCCCUCCCCCAGGAAAAAAAAGCCAUACUGGGGCCAGAACCCCUGCGCACCAUCGAUGUAUGCUUCGUCCCAGCUUGGCAAGAGCAGCAAGAGAGGAGGAGGAGCUGACAUGGCUUUAGGUCUGCUCAGAUCCACCACAAUGGUCACGAGGACCUCGGAGGACACUUCUGGUUUUGCUCUUUACUUUCCCCCUUCUUCUUCCCUCUCCUCCAGAUGCAUGUCACCCUCCCACUCUCUCUGCCCCCCACCCAAAGCCCUGCGGCCUUUGCCUGCCAGCUGGUGUCUGGUGGCUUAGCCCUGCCCCCUGGCGUCCGAGUCCGCAGAAGAACGUGCCCGGAAGCUGCCAACGCUCCCCCUGUGCCUUCGUCACUUUACUACCUGCUCUAAACGUUUGUUACUGUUGUGUGUCUGGGAACAAAAAAAAAAGUGUUUAAAUUAUGGAA